AUGUCACGAACAGCUACAGAGGCACAGAUAGAUCUCAAGGAUUUUCUUCCUAAGCGAUUGAAGACCCGGAGAAAGGUUGACCUUAGCCAGUUUCAGGCUGGAUCAAUUAUUCGUGUCAAGCUUCGCAACUUUAUGUCAUAUGCUCUCACGGAGUUUCAUUUCGGUCCAAAGAUGAAUCUAAUUAUUGGUCCCAACGGAUCAGGUAAGUCGACCUUUGUUUGCGCUGUUUGUAUAGCGUUGGCAGGACGAUUAGAAUUCUUGGGUAAGAGCUCUAUGACCUUAGAUCAGUUCAUAAAAAUAGGAGAAAAGAGCGCCACAAUCGUCUUGGAGUUAAAAGGUGACCACGCAAACGAUACAAUGCUUAUUGAAAGACAACUCACAUUGGGUUCGAAGUCCACUUGGUCUGUUGACGGCGAACAAUGCGGAGAGACAGCACUAAAGAAAAGACUACAACAUUUUAAUAUUCAGCUCGGUAAUUUAUGCCAGUUUCUUCCUCAGGAUCGUGUUGCUAGAUUUGCUUCAUUGAAGCCGGAGGAACUAUUGAAGGCAAUAGAGAAGAUCCAUGGUGAUGGUGAACUAUUGACUCAACAUGAGCACUUGAUUGAGUUGUAUAAUCAACGUAAGGAUACGUUAAAAACGAUGGAUGAACUCAAUCAUCGACUAGAGGGAUUACAAGAGAAGCAUGAAACAUUGAAGCAGCAUGCUGAAAAGAUGAAAGAGUAUCAGAAUUUAGAAAAUGAGUUGAAGAGACUCGAAAGUGCCAGGACGUAUGCCUCCUUGGACACCAAAAAGACCAAAAGAAAACAGCUACAUCAGCUAUAUUCCCAAAAGGUUAAGCAAGUAGAGUCUUAUAAGAAGGAAAUUGCUCCGUGGCAAGAAUCCCUUCAAAAUUCCGACCAGGCUGUACUUGAAACCCAGAAACAGAUCGAUGAAUGUAGCCACGAGCAGGAGAAGUGUAUGCGUCAUGUUGAACAGGGAUUCCAGAAGAUCGAGCAGGUUGAAAAGCUUAUAUCCAAGCUUCAAGACGAUAAGGCGUACAAUUCUACCAGACUUGAGAGUCGAAUUAGGAAGCUUCAAUCACUUUCUGAAGAGUACCAAAGUUGCACAGACGCUUUGAACGGCAUCAAUCCACUCAGCGACGACGAAAUUAAGAACUUAAAAAGUGAAAGACAGCGGUUUCACGACAAACAGAUUGAACUCUCUGAGCCUAUUGAAUCCGUCACUGAGGAGAUUUCCGGCAAAAGGAUAGAGAUAAGUGGCUACGCAAAGGAACUUAAUGAUCUCAGAAAAAGUCUCAACGGUACAGAUAGACUUUUCACAUUGGAUCAGAGAAGAUUCCAUCAUCUCAUAGAAAGUGUGAAAUUACUACGUGCAGAUGCCCCAAGGCUGCACAUUCAAUGCUUUGAACCUGCUGUGGUAUCUCUAAGAGUCAAGGAUGAAAGAUGCGCACCAGUGCUCGAAAGAAUAAUUAGAGGUACCAAUUUGUCUGCAUUUACGGUCCCCAACAAGGCCGAAUAUGAUAAAUUGACCCGGUAUUUGUAUGAUGAUCACUAUGAACAAGGCAGAGGUGUUGGUGUGAGAACGUUGGGUCUUCAUUUUAAUAUGCAGUCGUACGUUCCUCGGGAAGCCAUCAUAGCAAUGGGAUUCGAUGGUUAUGUUACAGAUUUCAUUGACGGACCGCAGGAAGUGAUCCGUAUGCUUUGUGAGAAUGAAAACUUCCAUAAUACCCCAAUUAUGUUUGGAGAAUUUUCACCUUCUGAAUUGAAGAAGAUUGUGGACCGUGUGUCGAGUGGUCAGUACCAUUUCACGAGGAUAGUUGUAGGAGAUUCGAUCUACAACUUUAUGAGAUCUUCAUUCGGUUCCCAUCAAGUGACUACUAUGAUCAGACCGGUUCCCAAGAAAUCGACAAUUUUCACCGAUAGUAUAUCAGAAGAUCAGAGGGUGGAAGUGGAGGCUCGGAUUGGCCAGUUGAAUGAGAAGAUUGAGAAUUUGAAAAAGGAAAUGAACUCGCUAUCAGAUGAUCUCGCCGUCCAGAAGAGCAAACAGACCUCGCUAGAUGCUGAACUUACGGCGGUUCGUGCGAAAAUAAGUCAUCAUUCGAAACAGCAGCAGGCAAAGUUGAAGUAUGAAACACAGAUACUGACUUUUAAAGAUGCUAUGAAAGUUGAGAAACGCGCCAUUAAGCGGAUGAAACGUCAUGGCAACGAGGACGAGAUGUCACAAACUUUGAACAAAAUGCACGAGUUGGAGAAGGAACGGAUAACGAUACUUGCUGGAAUUGAGCCAGAGAUGGAAACAGUGAUAGAACUGGACGAGAAGACGUUGGAAUAUGAGGUGAAGAAACUUCAGGAGCAAAACAAGGGUACUGCAAUUGAGCAGUUAAGCAGUUCGAUAACUUCUACGUUGGACUCGAUGCUGAUGGAGAAGACUGACGUAAAAAAGAGAUAUAUAGAUGCUAAAGUGAACUACGAAGAAGCGUUGAACAAAUACAAGCAAGAACUAAUGCUUUACACAGAGGAGAAGAAGCAGGAGGUUCGAGAGAAAGUUGAAGAAUUGAAAUCACAAGGAUUGAUGUCGGAGGAAGGUGUUGCAGCGGAAAUCGAUCGUGUCAAGUCAAGUAUGAAACUUCAACGAGCUAGAGGUGGUAUGUUUUCUAUUGAAAUGCUUGAAGAGAACGAGAGGGCCAUCAAAGAACUUGAAGAGAGCGUUCCCGAGCAUGAAAUAAAUGCAUCCAAACGCACAGAAGAGAUUGAUAAGAUUGUUGACGGGUGGAAGCCCAAACUCGAGUCAAUUGUAAGAAUCAUUGCUACAGACUUUGGUGAGAACCUCCGGCAUGUUGCCAGUGGUGGAGAUGUGCAAUUAGAUUGUGAAUCAGAGAAUUAUGCAGAAUGGAAGCUUCGGAUUCUGGUUAGUUUCCGAGACAACGAGGAUCUGGUACAGUUGAAUACGGCUCAACAAUCUGGUGGUGAAAAGUCUGUGACCACGGCAGUGUUUCUUAACUCGUUACAAGGGUUGACCAACACCCCAUUUAGAAUUGUAGACGAGAUUAACCAGGGUAUGGACUCAAACAAUGAGAGAUUGGUGCAUAAGAUGAUCGUUGAGAAGACUAUCACUACUAAGCAUGCCUCCCAGUACUUUCUCAUCACACCAAAACUACUUACAGGACUCUACUACUCUGAUCAGAUGACCGUACACUGCAUUUUUGCGGGUAGAUGGUGCCCCAAGUACGAGAACAAGACAGAGUUUUUAGAGAUGGGUGUGCUUGAUAAGUAUUGCGAGUAA